CACAGAAAAAUGGGCGCUCGAGUAAUCCUCGAAAAAGAAAACAAAAUCCGCAACAAACCAAACGCGUUCCCGUCUGGCCGUCGCCGUCUCCUCCACCCCUCACCUCCUUCUCUCAACCAGAACAACCAAGUGAAACCGCGCAAACCCUUGCUCCGAUCCCCCUCUCCUCGGUCUCCUCGACGGAAGUAGUAGAGCAGGGGCCGAGGCCAUGUGGCCCGGCUGCGGUGGGCGGUUCUACUGGGCGCCGGAAUCGGCGCCGCCGGGGCAAGCGAGGGGUGUCGCGGUCUUGUUCGCGUGGGUGUGGAGCGACGAGGCGCAGCUGCGGCCGUUCGUUGAGCUGUACUCCUCGCUCGGGUGGCGCUGCCUCGUCUGCCACCCCGACCUCGUCGCGCUAUAUCUCUCUGAGAAAGCAACAUCUCUGGCAACUGGUGUUAUUAGUGAGCUGGUUAAGGAACUGAGAGUAAAACCUGUGCCAACUGUUCUUGCUUCCUUUUCUGGUGGCUCAAAAGGGUGCAUGUACAAGGUUAUUCAGUUACUAGCUGGAAUAUGUGAAGGAGAUGCAACCAUGAAGGAUUAUCGGUUAGUGAGAAACUGUAUCUGCGGGCAAAUUUAUGACUCUAGCCCUGUAGAUUUUGUCAGUGAUGUGGGCACCCAGUUUCUCCAAAAGCCUGCUGUUGGAAAUUUAUCUCAGUCAACUAUAUUACGUUCAUGGAUGGCAAAGGUUCUAGCUUCUGGCAUGGAUACUCUCUUCCCAAGCAGGAUUGAAGCUCAGCGUGCAGAGUACUGGCACACACUAUACUCAGCAGCAGGAUUGGGUCCUGUUCUUAUAUUUUGCUCAGAAGAUGAUAAUCUUGCUCCAUGCCAUAUUAUCUGUGGCUUUGCAAGGCGAUUGAUUGAACUAGGCACAGAUGUUAAACUUAUGAAAUGGAGCGACUCCCAACAUGUCGGCCAUUACAAUUCACAUGAAAUUGAAUACAGGAAAGCUGUAGAUGAUACGUUGAAGAAGGCUCUUGUUACCUUCUGCCACCGAAGCCAACUAUAUGACUCAAAUAUGGCUGGUGACCAGGAGUAUAAGAUAGCGCACUCAGUGUGCAGUCUACACAAUGCUGCAGCCAAUUCAAAUGAGAGCUUAAGAAGGGUUGCUAACAGUCCUAGUGAUCACUUCUUCUUGCCAAGUUCGAAGGACCAUGAUGAAUCUCGGGAACCCAGUUCUCUAAUUGAGGAUCAGAGGCGCCACAUCUCACAUCCACCCUGCAUGGAGCCUAAAGGAGUCCUUGGCCAAAUCCUGUUUGAUGUUUGUGUUCCAAAUAAUGUUGAAGGAUGGGACAUUAAGCCGACAGUGUCCCCGAAUGGACGGCCAACGUUUGCUUCUGCCCGGCAACUUGGUCCAUUCAAUCCCAUAAGGUACUUCCGGCGCUCAAGACUGUAGUUUUCUGCAGGAGUUGAGGUUUUUGUAUAUAUAUAACCGAGGCAAGGUGGCUAGUAGCAACUCUGAGCAAGAUUUUACCUAUGUAAGUUCCCUGUAAUUGUUUCUGUUUCUGCUUUUGCACCGCUUGGCGAGAGAAUGCACAUAUGCUUUGUAUAUCAUAUGAGUGUGUGUACUAGAAGGGAGAUCCUGGACAUAUAGUUUCUAGGCGGGUUGCAAGGUGCACGCUAACAUUGUAGCCAAGGGGAAUGGAUUAUUAUGUUCCUGUAGUUUCCUCUAUAUUUCAUGUUUGUGAAAUAUAAUUAUUGGGAAAAAAAAACUUAUCUUCAUUUUUAGCGAU